UUUAUUAUUUUCAUAACAAAGAGUGAUGAAGGAUAUCUAGCCUGGCUUGAUGUCUCCAUUGGGCAACUUGCUGGUCAAUAUAACACAAAUUUGGGAAGACUAUCAGUUUUGACACAAAAUCCAUGGAAUGCUACCUUAUGUUUGGGACAUGCGAAGGGUGUAGUAUCAUUUUGGUCUCCGACAUCAAGAGAUCCCUUAGCCAAAAUGCUGUGCCAUAAAGCUCCUGUUAUUGCUGUCGAUAUAGAUCCCAGUGGAACGUAUAUGGCAACUUCUGCAACCAAUAGGGAGUUGAAAAUAUGGGAUGUACGAAAACUUGAAGGGCCUGUACAGGAAUAUAAACUCAUUCAAGCUGCAAAUAAUGUAGCAUUCUCUCAAAAGAAGAUGCUUGCACUUGGUAUGGGAAAUGUAGUAGAAAUAUAUAGGGAUUGUUGCCAGACAGCAGCAAAGAGGGCGUACCUCAAGCAUCGUUUUGUCACUCCAAUAAGCAACUUGAACUUUUGUCCCUAUGAAGAUGUGAUAGGUGUUACAACCUCUCGAGGUUUCACAAGUUUGUUGGUACCAGGGGCAGGAGAACCUAAUUUCGAUUCGAGGGAAGCAAAUCCAUUCCAAUCCAAGUCUCAGAGAAGAGAAGCUGAAGUGAAAUCUCUUCUUGAAAAGAUUCAACCUGAAAUGAUAACUUUGGACCCCACAUCUAUUGCUGAUGUAGAUAUACCAUCGCUGAGAGAAAAGAUUCAAGCAAAACAAAAACUAUUGUAUCUUAAACCGCCUAAAAUCAACUAUGAACCUAGAAAAAAAGCUAAGGGCAAAGGAGGUUCCGUUAAUAUGGCAAGAAAUAAAAAAAUUGUUCAAGAAGAAGCAAAGAAAGCGUUUAUUAAAAAUAAAAUUGAUGUGUUGGAAAAAGAACCAGAGAAGCGACCCAAACAAGCACAUGUAUUAGAUAGAUUUUUACCUAAGAAGAAAAUUACUAAAUAAAUUUGA